AUGUUUUGGAGAAACGUAGUAAGAGGCCUUAAUUGCUAAUAAGCUUUAAGAAGAUAAAACUUCGCAAAGAAUAUCACAACUACUGAUAUUCCUAAGGAUUCCCACCACUUCGCUGCUAAAAGAAGUGGCUUCACUUAAACUGAAUAAGCUCCUUUCGCUUACAAUGACGUAUAUUAAUAUCCCAAAGAUUACAAACCUUGGAAUUACAACUACAAGGGUAAUGGUGUUCUUUUAGCAUUAUUCUUAGGCAGUGCUUUCAGUCUUGUUGCUUAUGAAAGAUCUUAUGCUUCAAAAACUGGAAGAUAUUAAAGAAAAGUUUAAUAAAAUUACUACUAAAUUUGA